UUUUGGAACCCUUGUUGCGAUUGGAGUUACUGUUUGUGCAGUGAUUAUAAUUACUAUUAUUCUGUGCCUCACCUGUUCAUGUUGCUGUUUGUAUAAAGCAUGUCGAAGACCACAGCCUGUUGUGGCCACCACUACUUCCACUACAGUGGUUCAUGCUCCCUAUCCCCAACAACAAGGAGUGCCACCCAGCUACCCAGUAGCCCCCUAUCAAGGAUAUCAGCCUGUGGCUGUCCAGCCACCGGUAGCACCGUACCCUGCACAGUAUCCUCCCCCUUACCCCAUGCAGCCGUCAGGACCCCCAGCUUAUCGUGAAACAGUGACAGCUGGUGCUGGAGCACCUUACCCAAUCAGCCAACCCCCUUACAACCCUGCUUAUGUGGAUCCUCAGAAACCCACUUAUUGA